AUGCUGGUUAGACAACUCACAGCUUUCCUCAGCCUGAUGAGCGGGGUCUGGUCCAGCCCCCCAUCAUCCAAGAUGACAGCUCCAAUGCUCAGGCCUUUGCCUUCCAUAGUUUCCCAAGGAUCCAGCAUUUACUUCCCACCUCAGGGGGAGGGCUCGGGAGAAGGACCGGAGAUGCCAGUGGGAGAUGCUCAGAUCUCCCCUUCACCCACCCCUAUCUCCCACAGUUGGGAGACUUUCCUGGGUUUGCAAAUUGGAGAUUCGUGGGAGCCUGGCAAGCCUGGCAAGCAGGAGCUUCAAGGUGCUUCAAGACUGAAUCUCCAGAGGGAGAUGCCACUGGAAGAAGAAGAGAUGCCUGCCAUGUCCCUGCCCCUAAGUCCCCAGGAUGUGGCUGGGGAGACAUGCAAGACUGUGCCCUUCACCCAGGUGGUCUCCCGGCCUGGCUGUACCUCCAUCCGCCUCCAGAACAAGUUCUGCUUCGGCCGCUGCAGCUCCUUCUACAUACCCAGCGCAGGCCUCACUAAGUCCCACCUCUGCAACAGCUGCUUGCCCUCCCGCCAUCGCCGAGUGUCUGUGGUCCUCUGGUGCCAGGUAGUUGGCAAACCUUCCACCCAUAGACGGCUGAAGGUGUCCACCUCACUCGUGGAGGCCUGUCAGUGCCAUACACAUAUGUGA